UUAUAUAGAAUUUGAACAUCAUUAUCUGAUUGGUCGAACCAUCCACCCUCCCACUCCGAUAACAUGACGAUGACGAGAUUCUACGGCCAAUCGGAGUGUGUAUAAGGCGAGGGUGUUUGGUAUGCUCUAGGACAGGGCAGCUUGUUCGCAGUAAUUCAAGGUUUUGACUGUGUAACAAUAUUGUGUUAUCGUUGUUUGUUACAAGAGAAAUAAUUCGUUUUUACAAUAGCCACGAAAUCUCGUUGGAUUUAAGUUAGCUGCGCAUAGAAUGGCUGCAGUUUUUGAUAUUGAAUUACACGAUGCAGACACGGUAAAUAGGGACGAGUCUGAUGAUGAUGUUAUCGAGAUUGGCGAGGAAGAAUACGAUGCGAAUCCAAAUGUGAAUGAAAUAACCGAUUCGGAAGGUGUCGAGACAGUUCCAAUAUCAGAACAAAAUGUUAAUCGCGGAAGGGAAAGAGCUGGACCACAGGAUUUCGAGCUAUGCAAAGUUAUUGGAAAGGGUGGUUAUGGCAAGGUUUUUCAAGUGCGUAAAAUAACGGGUAAUGACAGUGGCACAAUCUUUGCGAUGAAGGUCUUACGUAAGGCUUCAAUUAUAAGGAACCAAAAAGAUACUGCACAUACUAAGGCUGAAAGAAAUAUUUUAGAAGCUGUAAAGCAUCCUUUCAUCGUAGACCUUAUGUAUGCUUUUCAAACUGGUGGAAAAUUAUAUUUAAUUCUGGAAUAUAUGUGCGGUGGUGAAUUAUUUAGACAUUUAAACGAUGAAGGCAUUUUUCUUGAAGAAACUGCUUGCUUCUAUCUAUCGGAAAUAAUAUUGGCCCUUCAACAUCUUCAUUUACAAGGAAUUAUUUAUAGAGAUUUAAAACCAGAAAAUAUCUUGUUAGAUGCAGAGGGACAUAUAAAAUUAACUGAUUUUGGUUUAUGCAAAGAACAUAUACAAGAUGGUACUGUUACACAUACAUUCUGUGGUACUAUAGAAUAUAUGGCUCCAGAAAUUCUAACAAGAAGUGGACAUGGUAAAGCAGUAGAUUGGUGGAGCCUUGGAACUUUAAUGUAUGAUAUGCUUACAGGUUCACCACCAUUUACAUCUGACAAUAGAAAGAAAACUAUCGAAAAAAUUUUACGUGGUAAAUUAAAUCUUCCACAAUAUUUAACACCUGAUUCUCGAGAUCUUAUUCGAAAAUUGUUGAAGAGACAAGUUGCACAAAGAUUAGGAUCCGGUCCAUCUGAUGCAGAACAAAUAAAAAAUCAUUUAUUUUUCAAGCAUAUCAAUUGGAAUGAUGUUAUUUCCCGUAAAUUAGAACCACCAUUUAGACCAACAUUGGCAAGCGAAGACGAUGUAUCACAAUUUGAUAAAAAAUUUACGACAUCUGCACCAAUAGAUUCUCCUGCAGAAUACACAUUAAGUGAAUCUGCUAAUAGAGUAUUUCAAGGAUUUACGUAUGUAGCACCUAGUAUACUUGAAGAUAUGUAUUCGCAACCACGAGUAAUAAAUGCUAGAAGUCCACGUAGAGGCAAUAUGCGUGGUUUUUCUCCACGAACAACGCACUUUCAUUUACAUAAUAAUCAUGUGCAAAAUCAUAGACACAAUGGAGUUGGACAUGGCAAUGUAGAAGAUACAGAAAUGAUCGAAAUAGGCUAACUGCCACUUUUUCUUAUAGUGAAAAAAUGCUUAGCAUUUCGGCCUAACUGCUAAAUAUCCAUGACCAAUCCUUGUGUCUCAGGGAGGGAUUUUAUAAGAUAUAGAUGGAAUAGCAAAAGGAUAGGUCCAAUAUCCAUUGCUUCAUUGGAUAUUCAGCAGUUAAAUUUAGCUAAUUUUUUUUUUUUUAAAUCAAGUUUAAUUACGAUAAAGGUACUAAUUAAGAUUAUGCUUUAAGUGCAGCGACGCAGCAGUUAUUUGGUAGCAUAUAAUGAAAAAAUAUAUAUUUAUGAGUAAAAAAUCUCUUGCAACAUAAAUAAUUAAGAGGGAAGAAGUUUUAUUUACUUAUUUUCGUUGGUAACUAUGUACUGAAUAUUAUAAAGAUACAUUAUUCGCAUACAUUAGUCAAAAUACUGCAUAUGUUUCAUUAAUCCAUUAACAUGUAAUCACUUAUUAUGUUUUUUGUACAUAUGAUCCACAGGUUGGUUGGAUAUUCGUAUAUAUAUAUAUAUAUAUAUAUAUAUGUAUAUAUGUAUGUCUAUAGAAAAAGAGAAUACACACAAACGUCAUUUAAAUUAAGUGCGACAGACUGAAAAAUUCCAGCACUUUUAGAAAUUCAUAAAUUAUAUUGUUAAUAUACAAAUUCAACCAUCCUGUAAUUUACUUGUAUAUUUAAAAGUUCGUACACGGCGCUUAUAAUAAUAUUGCAGUGUACACAUGCUUAAGUAUAAUUAAUUCAAAGGAAAGAAAAAAAUCGGAGAAAGAAAGAAUAGAUAAAAGACAAAUAGAUUUAAAUAACGAAGACUUACAGCUGCCACAACCGCUCCGCCGCUCAAAAUUCCAUAUCCGGUUGUUCAUUUAAAAAAUAUUUUCAGCAGUAAUAACGUUUCCAUGGCAAUAAUAUAAACAAUAACACAUCUGCACGAUAGUCUUAGACAAAAUGUUUAUGUAAUAUUGCAACGGAAUUGCAUUUGUACAAUUGAAAGUUCCUAAAGAAAUGCGAGUUCAAAAAACUUUGCAAUUUAUAUUUCAAAUUUUAAACAUACAAAUAACAUUUGUAAAAGUAUUUGUUUAUUUACUAUAAGAAAUUUAAUUUAAUCACUUGAAUGCCUUAGCAAAAAGGGAAACAAACUUUUUUUCAAGUUUGAUAUAAUUAAUAAAAAAAUUUAACACAAAAUCAAGUUACCAUGGUAACAAUGUUACUGCAAAAUGUUAACUUUCCACUAUUAUCAGAACAUGUUUCGUAUCUUAAUGUUCGUGUUUACACGUUAUUUAGUGUGACAUAUAUCGCAAUUUAUUUAAAUAUCUAUUUGUUACAUAAAUAUUUAUAUAUUACUGAAAACUAAUAUAUAUUAAUUUCGAUGUAUACAUGAUACACUAGAAAAGAUAAAAAAAGUGUAAAAACUAAAUGUUUAGAGUGACUUGUUGGCCGCUCAUCGCGUAAUUUCAAACUACCCAAGUGUUCACAGGCCAUAUUAGCUGGCAUUACAAUUUUAUCUAUAUUUACUACAGCGAAUAUAUACACAUGGUCGAAAUGUUAGAAAAUUUUCCCAAUGAUUUCGAUAUUACAUUUCGACUAUGCAUACACGGAGACAAACACAUAUAAAUAAAUAAAUAAAUAUAUAUAUAUAUACAUAUAUAUAUGUGUGUAUAUAUAUAUACACACACACAUAUAUAUAUACACACACGAUAUAUGAUUAUAUUCGCGCAAUUGUAUUGUAUUACAAAGAAAGCGUAUAUUUGAAAAAAAUAAUUUAUAAGCCACUUUUUCAGUACGUAUCGAAUGAUGUAUUUUCGAUGUAGAAGCGAGAAUCUGUCUACAGAGUUAUUGAAAUAGUGAUGAUCGUGUUUAAUAUAUAUGGAUUUUUUUGUAGUAGAAGUAUCAAGAUACAAUUGAUAAACGAUUUGAUAUUUUGUUACGUCGUUUUGUCGGAUUUAUAAAAUGAGGAAUUAGCAUUUAAUUAAUAAUUGUAAAAAAUCACAUUUAUGCAAUUACGAUUAAUUAUAAUUAUAUAGUGAUGUCAGUGUAUUAUCAUAUCUUUAUAUAUAAUAUUAUAAUAAUUUUUUAUGUAUUUUUCGAUAAAAAAGUAUAUAUAAAAUCAAGAUCGUUUUGAAAUGUAUUAGAAUAUUUAUAAAAAAGAAACAUUUCAUUGUUCAUAUAAGAUAACUUGUAGGUGGAUUCUACAAAAUGUGCUUUACAACAACCGAUCUUGGUGCUCGAUACUCAUUUGAUUCAAUUCUAAGCGGCCUGAAUACCGUAAUUAAUUUUUAUAUUACAAAAAAAUAUUGUUUAUUA